GGAACAGAUGGUCUCUCAGGAGAACAAGGUGAACAGGGUGCCAAGGGUGAACAAGGAGAUCAAGGAAAAAGAGGACCUCAUGGUCUUACUGGUAAAACUGGAAACGCUGGAGACAGAGGCAUUCAAGGGAAACCAGGUUUACAAGGACCCCCUGGGAGUACAGGAGACAGGGGACUUGCAGGAGAACCAGGGCCAAGAGGACUGCAGGGUGACGCUGGACCUCCUGGAGAAAUAGGUGCUGAGGGCCCUUCAGGUAUUGAGGGAGAAUCUGGUCUACAAGGCGAGCCAGGUGCAAAGGGAGAUGUUGGACCUGCAGGCGGUGUUGGAGUCGCUGGGGAACCAGGGUUACGGGGUGAACCAGGAGCUCCUGGAGAAGAAGGUCUCCAAGGAAAAGAUGGAUUAAAGGGGAACCCAGGAGGAAGGGGACUUCCUGGAGAGGAUGGAGAAAAAGGAGAGAUGGGCUUACCAGGGACUAUAGGGCCCUUGGGUAGACCAGGUAUAAUGGGCCCUCCGGGACCUGAAGGAGUUCUGGGAAUUCCAGGACAAAGAGGUCGUCCAGGAAAAAAGGGUGAUAAAGGACAAAUAGGACCCACAGGAGAAAUUGGAAGCAGAGGUGCUCCUGGACAAAUCGGGGAAAGUGGUCCUAAGGGUGCCAGAGGAACUAGAGGUGCUGUGGGACAUUUAGGAUUGAUGGGACCUGAUGGAGAACCAGGAAUUCCUGGAUACAGAGGCCAUCAAGGUCAACCAGGACUUUCUGGGUUGCCAGGACCUAAGGGAGAGAAGGGUUAUCCAGGAGAAGAUAACACAGUCUUAGGACCACCUGGGCCUCGAGGUGAACCAGGUACAGUGGGGGAACAAGGAGAGAGAGGAGAGCCUGGAGCAGAGGGAUAUAAGGGUCAUGUGGGUAUGCCAGGACCAAGAGGCGCCAUUGGACAACAAGGGCCCCCAGGUGAGCCAGGUGACCAGGGCGAACAAGGACUAAAAGGAGAGAGAGGAUCUGAAGGUCCUAAGGGGAAAAAAGGAGCUUCUGGUCCUUCUGGGAAACCUGGAAUUCCUGGACUUCCAGGCCUACCUGGGCCAAAAGGCAUGCAGGGAUUCAGUGGAACAGAUGGCAUUCCCGGAAACCCUGGAAAAGUUGGCCUACCAGGAAAACAGGGACUUCCUGGCCUCAGAGGCAGCCCAGGAAGAACAGGACUGGCUGGGUCUCCAGGUCCUCGAGGAGCAAAGGGUUCAUCAGGCCUGCCAGGAAACCCAGGAGUUCUAGGCCCAAAGGGUGAACAGGGGUUACCUGGUCAACCUGGAAUUCAAGGUAAAAGAGGUCACCGAGGAGCACAAGGUGAUCAAGGACCAUGUGGAGAGCCUGGUCUGAAAGGGCAGCCUGGAGAACAUGGUAUUCAAGGCUUGACAGGUUUCCAAGGAUUCCCGGGCCCCAAAGGUCCUGACGGUGAUGCUGGCGUUGUUGGCAUCACAGGUCCUAAAGGUCCUAUUGGACAGAGAGGAAACACUGGCCCUUUUGGCAGAGAAGGUAUAACAGGCCCAACUGGUAGAACUGGACCCAGAGGUGAAAAAGGCUUUAGAGGUGAAAAUGGUCCCCAAGGACCAAAAGGUCAACCAGGGCCUCCAGGUCCACCUGGAGCACCAGGCCCAAGGAAACAAAUGGAUAUCAAUGCUGCUAUUCAAGCGUUGAUUGAAUCACAUACUGCCCUACAGAUGGAGAGCUACCAGAAUACCGAAGUGACUUUAAUUGACUACAGUGCAGAGAUAUUCAAAACCCUGAACUACCUUAGCAAUCUACUGCACAGCAUCAAGAAUCCUCUUGGUACAAGAGAUAACCCAGCACGAAUCUGCAAAGAUUUGCUUAACUGUGAACACAAAGUAUUAGAUGGAAAAUACUGGAUUGAUCCAAAUCUUGGAUGUCCUUCAGAUGCCAUUGAGGUUUUCUGCAAUUUCAGUGCUGGUGGUCAGACAUGUUUAUCUCCUGUUUCUGUGACAAAGUUGGAGUUUGGAGUUGGAAAAGUCCAGAUGAAUUUCCUUCAUUUACUGAGCUCAGAAGCCACCCAACUCAUCACCAUUCACUGUCUGAACACUCCAGUGUGGACAAGUGCUCAGACAAGUGCUUCAGGAUUGCCUAUUGGUUUCAAGGGAUGGACUGGCCAGAUUUUUGAAGAAAACACUCUAUUUGAACCUAAAGUGCUUUCAGAUGACUGCAAGAUUCAAGAUGGCAGCUGGCAUAAGGCAAAAUUUCUUUUUCACACCCAGGACCCUAAUCAGCUUCCAGUAAUUGAAGUACAAAAACUUCCUCAUCUCAAAGCUGAACGAAAAUACUACAUUGAAAGCAGUUCUGUAUGCUUUCUCUAAAGUCUCUGAAUUAGUUCCAAAUUCAUGCUGUUGGUCAGGUAAUUGCUGCAGAGGGAAAAAUAUAGACAGAAAGAUACUAUUAUUAUGAAAUGCAUGGAAUAAAGCAUUGGCUAAAUCUUAAAGAAUCUCAGGAAGAAAAGACUUCCUCCUAGGAAGGAGAAAAGGCAUUCUUUAAAGGACUAUAAUUGAUAAAGUAUUUAAUUCUUUUAAAAAUUAUAUUGAUCUGAGUUUUCUUAGAGAAUUCCCUAGAACUGAAAAUUUAUAAACAUGGAAUUCUUCAGGGUAUCCUAUAUUUUUUGACUGUCUGAGAGCAAAGUACCCAUUAGACAGCUGGAGAUGCAGAGCGCUACGGAGCAAUACUGGCUAAUGUUCCCGGAUGUGCAAUGCUUCUGUCUAAAAAUUAUAAGCCACAGUCUAAUAUGUCUUAUUUUUCCAAAUACUAAGCUGUAUUCAGGUCCCCAAUGGACAUGUACAUCUUAGCCGGUGGUACACUACCUCUUACGUGUUGCCUUUUUGUGUUGCUUGGUGCUUUUCCUAAAACAAGGUGCUUGUGGCUUUUGUAGACAAUUUUCUUUUUUUGUCUUUGUCAUUCUUUAAGAGCGUAUGUACUGGUUGCAUCAAGAUAUGUUUUGGUUGUUAGUACUUAUUUUAAUUUGUUUGGUCACAUACUUAAUAACAAGUAAAACAUUAUUUAUGUGAAGUUCUUGUUCUAGUUUAAAAUUCUCUUUGUGGAUAUGGAGUCAAAGCCAGUAUAUUGUGACCUGUGCUUAUGCACAAGAGAAUUGGGAGGUUUCUUUUGUUUUUGUUUUAUUUUUUAAAUUGUUGUAAAAAUUGUUAUAGGCCAGCUACAUUCAGUAGUAGGUUUGGAUUAGAGUUUGGGAAUUGUGAUAUACUAUUUUUUAAAAUCCAUGAUCAUCUGGAAUGAUACUUUGUGUAUAUAUAUUUUGUAAAGUUUUGAUUCAGCAAAUCUUUUGAAAUUGCUGCUGUUUUAAAUUAUAAAAACUUUAUAUUUGUGCUUCAUAGAAAUUACAUGUUUUUAUAGUAUUCAUUGAUUUUCUUUCACUGUUCUUAAAUUUAAUGUGUUGGGACCUAAAAGAAUUUAAUUUAUCAAUCUUUUAAGCAACAUCCAGGAAAAAAAAAAUCUUUUGCCAUUUAAAAUAGACUCAUCCAAUUCAGACAUUUCUUGUUAUCAGAGAAAUGUUAGUUCACUAUUAAAAGAAAAAUAUUAUACCUUUGGUAUUUAGAAAAGCUUGUACAUCCAUUAUAAACAUGCCUUUAGCUGCAGCAAACCACACUUACCUAUCUAUAAUAAAAAUGUGCUUUA